AAAAGACAGAGAACAAACGCAACAAAGAUGAGACACCCCCGCGGUUCGUCUUUCGAGGAAAGCUUAGAGGAAUCUCAACCUGAAACGACGCCGCAUUCAUCGCUACCUUGUUUAUUUUCUGCCCCAAGCUCUCCUGCUCUGCCAUUCCCCACUAGCAAGCAAGCGGUGCAUGAUUUUGCAGCGACAGAUCGACUUCUUCAUGGCGUCUCUCACGGGAUUCGCUGCCGCCGUCAUCAUCGGACUCAUGCUCGCCGGAGAAUCGAUGGGGAAGGAGCUCCGGCCAUCGGAACAUGGCCUUGAGUUCCAGAAUUCGCCAUCGGCGUGGUUGAAUUAUUCAUCGGAGAUGAGAUCGUUCUUCAAUUCCUCACAGGUUUCCAAUUCGUCGGGCAUCAUGACGAUGCCGAAGGGGACGAAUUCCAGUGAUUCAUUGCCGCCGUCUUGGUGGAGCAGCACCGACGGCGGUGAGAGGAGUCAUGUGAGACAGGCUUUGGUGGUGGCCAGCUUGGUGUGUGGAGUGACAGGUGUCAUUCUCUUAGUGGCUACGGGGUUGCUUUUUCUCUCCAAGCACCGAAAGCACAAGGCAGCCGAAUCCGCAAGCGGUGACAAAGAUAACGACAAGUUACAGUUAGCGGUUAGGAACGAGACUCCUUGAAUUUGCUUGCUCUUCUAAUUUCCCUUCACUUUUGACCGCAGUAAUUCCACCACAUUUUGUAAAGAGUAAUAGUGUAAAACUAGUUACGCGUAGCUAUUGAAUACUAUCGUUAUUGAAAGAUUCUUCAGUGUUUCAUUAAAUUAAUUCACCUUUUUUUGCCAAUGGAUU